CCGUACACUCCGCUCAAGAUCAACACAUACAUGUAGGCUAUGGGUUGUGUUGCAUAUUUAUCGGUUGCUGUUGGAAUUUGUCUUCUAGUUUCUGGUACUGCUGGAGGUGAAUGCUGUAAAGCCCACAUUGGAGAUCCCAUCACCAAGGACAAUGAAGCUAUGUGGUGUGAGAACUACUGCUGUCACAACUCCACGCAGUACCAUUGCUGUGUCGACAUACGACUCCGGACAGACAGUGUGGACAGGGAGACUCUAUGCGGGGAUUUCUUCCGCCAGCAUAUCUGGGAAACCGUCCUGAUCGCCUUUGGAUGCCUCAUCGGAUUAAUCGUUAUAUGUGGUGUCUGCUACUGCUGCUGUAAGAAAAACUGUUGUCGAACAUUCAUAUAUGUAAAGUUUAAGUGAUUGUUUUCAACUCAUUGGAACCCAGUGGUCAAAAAUCAACAACAGAAAAAACACGUAUCCCUGAUUGUGCUGAACGAUUUGUGCUUUAACUACGAUUUCGUGAGCGCAUUGUGUUCAAACUGUACAUAUAAAAUGUAAACUUUGUUAAAUUACAAAACUAGUAUUAUCA